GGAAACUGUCCUUUUUGGGGCGAUUAUCCAGGCCGAGCCACCUAUAAAUACCGGGCCGGGGCGGGGAAGCAGGCAGAUUAGCUUCUCCUUCCCUUGAGUAAGCAGCUCUCGUGUGCCUCUAACCAAAAGCCGCCAAGAUGAUGAAGCUCGCAGUCGCCCUCCUCGCCCUCGCCGCCGUCGCCUCCGCCUCCGACCUGAAGGAGACCCCCCGGUUCGGCUACCUCUCCCUCGACCCUGACUCCGGCGCGUCCCUGGCCUUCAACAGCACCACCCUCAACAACGGCAUCUUCUUCAGCGUGUUGCUCUUCGUCGCCGCCCUGGCCAUCAAGCUGUUCAUCGGCUACGACUUCCUGACCCUGUUCGAGAAGCCCAGUAGCUACGAGACUCAGGGCUACAGCUACGACCCCACUCAGGCCUACUCCAACCCCUCCGUCUUCGCCAAGAAGUCCUUGGACAUGCUCUCCCCUGUCUUGGAUGCCCUCUCCAACGCAUACCAAAAGUACCAGUAAUGGAUGGUAGCCUUCUGUCCGCUCGGUGCCUAUACCAAGUUACCAAGAAGUUGCUCGAAAAAUACCUUUAAGCUCGUGGGAAGAUCCUAGGAUGCUAAAAGGAGACAUGGCCGUUUCUGAAUGGAUUUUUUUUUAGUAAUUUAAAACUAUUUAUUGUAUUGUUAUGAGCAUUGUCCAAAAGGACAUUUGCGAUGUUAGAAAUUACUAUUUGUUAUAGCACUAGUCUCUGUUGACAUAAAGUAUCAAAGUUAUCCUCAA